CUUGCGAAUUAUGCCAUGUUGCUUAAAUUGGAUAAAGUAUGGAAUGAUGAACUUGUGUAUGUCAUUGAGGUAUUCAUGCAUUAACAUUGGGCAGGAAAAGGGAAAGAAUUGAUUUACUUUAAAAAGGGGAAAUUUCGGGAAAUUUGAUAACAUGUAAACCUUAUUGAUGAACGGGGAGAGUAAUACUAGUUUGAAGUAUUAUUGAGGUCAUUUGAUUGUGUAUCAUCAUCUACUAUUGCCGUGAAUUCGGAAUUUGAGCCAUGAUAGGUUAAAAAUGAAUUUAAACAGGGUAUGGUAGACCUAUUUUUAGGGGAGGUCAUGCCAAAUAUUUUUUUUUUUUUUUUUUUUUUUUUUUUUUUUUUUUGUGUUUAAAAGGUAUUAGUUUUGGGAUCGUUACAAAUUUGGUAUCAAAGCAAAGGUUCGAAAACCUUUAGGACGACGGUAGAGGCCUACAUAGAGUCGCAUGGGAUGUUGUUUGUAUUGUUUACUUGACUACUUGCUACGUGGUAUCUUAUUUAAAUGAGCAUGCUUAACUGCCUAUGUGCUUACUUGCUUACUUGUUUAUGUUAAAAUGUUUCUUGCAUAGUCUUGCAUGCUAAGUGUUGUACGGUAUUAAUUCUUGUUGAGUCGUCCACAGUGGACCUUAGUGUCAUGUUUCUGAAUCGUUUUCUCGUUUUAUAGCACGAUGUCACGGCGUGAGGAACCUAGAGAAGUUGGCCCUAGGCCAACAAGGGGCGAUGUUGGUGAGAGCUCUAGCUCCAAUCCGGUGGAGCCAGUUGAUGAGAACAUGCUUCUUAGGGACUUGAUUCCCCCAAGAAGAGAGAAUGUUGAAACACCCGUACCCGUAGAAGUGGGUGAAGGUUCUGUGGCACUGGAGUUGAAUCGAUUGUUGCAAAAUGUCGUGAGGGCAACGAUUGUUGCUAAUCCGCAAUUGGCACCACAACCUACGGUUCAAGUUGAGGAGAUGCCAGCUCAGAAGCGUCUCAAGAUCAUUAAGGGGUUUUCUCAGCUGAUGCCGGUUAUGUUUGAGGGCGGUGCGGACCCAAUGGUAGCCGACAACUACAUGGAUCAAGUCGAAACUCAGUUGACCUCAAUGGAUGUGACAGAGGAUCACUUGAAGAUCAUCCUAGCAACUUACAAGUUUGCUAUGGAUGCCAAGGUUUGGUGGAAGUCGAUCACCAACCAGUAAAAGAUUGAAGAUAUGAGUUGGGACAGGUUCAAGGAACUGUUUUAUGAGAAGUACUUUCCGCUUUCCAAAAGAUGGGAGUUACAAGACCAAUUUCAUAAUCUUAUUCAAGGGAACAUGUCAGUGGCGGAAUACGAGAACAGGUUCACAUCACUUUCCCGUUUUGCUUUAGAAAUGGUGAAAGAUGAAGCUAACAAGACUCGGAAGUUUGUCUCGGGUCUUAAUGAUCGAAUGAGGCCGUUGAUCACGGCACAGUUUAUUAAGGUUUACUCUGAAGCAGUGGAAAGGGUUUUGAUGCUGGAGGCUGACAAUAGAGAGAAGGAUACAAGAAGAGAGCAAUUGAAGCAAAAGAGGGGUGCAGGGCCAUCCUCAGAGGGAUCUUCUUGGAAAAGGAACAGGGGCAGUCCAUCUCAGUUUCAGGGGCAACAGUCUACAAGAUCUACUCCUACCACUCCUAUGCCAGCUGGACCUGACAGGAGUGCAGUUGUUUGUUAUCAGUGUCAGCAGCCUGGACAUUACAAGUCCAGUUGUCCGAUGAGAUCGUCUUCAGUUUCGUCAGCUCCGAAGGCUUGUUAUGGGUGUGGCCAGCAGGGUCACUUGAUUUGUGAUUGUCCGAGUCAGAGAGCAGGCACUAUUAGUGGCAGAGGGUUACAGCAGAGGCCGUCACAAUCGGCUACAGUUCAGUCAGGUUUCAGACCACCACCACCACAGCCUACUAUGUCUUCACAGGGUUCACAAUCAGUUAGGAGGGAUACUCCUACUAUGUCAGUGCAGCAGUCAGGUGUUCAGGUUGGCAGUCCUCAGGCACAGGUACCACAGGGAUGUGUUUUUGCACUGGCACAGACCGAUGCAUCUUCUGGACCGUCAGUUCUUCGAGGUAUUGGAAAAGAACUGGUGGGCGACAACCCACCUCAAGCUUGAGCGAUACUAAAAGCUUACUUUUGUGUCUUUUGUAUAUCUCCCAUUAUUUUUGCAAAGCACUAAAAGUGUGAAGGUGUAUAUGUAUAUUUUGCAAAAACUUUGUCAUGUAAUGUAAUUAAGGUAUUUAUGAUAUUUUGGAUGUGAAUUUGAUAACAUGUAAAUCUUAUUGAUGAAUGGGGAGAGUAAUACUAGUUUGAAGUAUUAUUGAGGUCAUUUGAUUGUGUAUCAUCAUCUACUAUUGCCGUGAAUUCGGAAUUUGAGCCAUGAUAGGUUAAAAAUGAAUUUAAACAGGGUAUGGUAGGCCUAUUUUUAGGGGAGGUUAUGCCAAUUUUUUUUUUUUUGUGUUUAAAAGGUAUUAGUUUUGGGAUCGUUACAAUCUCAAUCUAAAACAACAAUUUGUAAAUCAGCUAAAACUGUUAUAAAUGACAAUAAAUUGAAAAUGCUUAAACUCAAACUCUCAAGUUCAGCUAUGUUUAUGAAUACAGUAAGAGAAUAUGUACAAUACAAACAUACACACACACACACAUAUGUAUAAAGAUAAGGGUGUGUGUCUAUAGAUGAAAAAGAAAUAAUUAGUUGAUAGCAACAAAACUAUGUUUGUAAAAUGAAAAGUUCAGUUCUUUAACCUCUACGUUUCUGCCCCCGGAAGUACAAGAUUUAACCCGCCAUCCAGUAGAAGAAGUUUAGUCUUUGCAGGACUGAAGUAAGCAUAAUGUUUCGAAAAAAAAAAAAAAAAAAACUAGUAUUUACCAAGUGAAAGGAAUAUAGAAAAUCCAAAAAGAAAUCAGAUUGUGAUGUCUGCACCACCACUAACAACCACAAGAAUAGCCCUAAUACUAAUUCACCCAAGUAUUGGAAAUGGCAGGGUAGA